UCUUGUUCCUGGAAGAAGAGUGAGAUAAAAGAACGCUUUCUAACUCUGACUUGAUAUCCAGUAUUUUUCAACUCCUACUGGAUCUAUAAAAUAGCCAGAGCCUUUUCUUUGGGACUUGCAACCGAGGUACUACCCUGAAAAUGGCUCAGCUGACGGCUGCUCCUCUCAGUGCCCUUGUUGAUGAGCCGGUGCACAUCCGAGCUACAGGCCUAACUCCUUCUCAGUUGGUGUGCCUUCGUGCAUCCCUGAGUGAUGAGAAAGGGAACCUAUUUUAUUCUCAGGCCUACUAUAAGGCCAGUGACACUGGUGAAGUGGACCUGGAAAAGGAUCCGUCACUUGGAGGUGACUUUGUGGGAGUCCACCCAAUGGGUCUUUUCUGGUCCUUGAAACCUGAAACACCAUUAAAAAGACUGAUGAAAAGAGAUGUGAUGAAUAGCCCCUUCCAGAUUCAGUUAAAGCUUUGUGACCCAGAUGUUCCAAUUACUAAUCGAGAUUCUAGUACCCUAACAGCCAGCCUGACUUUGGAGAGGUGGUAUGUGGCACCUGGUGUCACACGGAUUGAGGUAAAGGAAGGUCGCCUUCGGGGAGCCCUCUUCCUCCCUCCAGGAGACAAUCAUUUCCCAGGAGUCAUCGAUUUAUUUGGCAGUGGUGGUGGACUCAUUGAAUUCCGGGCUGGUCUCCUGGCCAGUCGUGGCUUUGCAACUUUGGCCUUGGCUUACUGGGGCUAUGAUGACCUGCCCCGGCAGCUGAGGGAAGUGGACAUAGAGUACUUUGAGGAAGCUGUCAACUUCCUUCUGAGACAUCCAAAGGUCCUUGGCCCAGGAGUUGGGAUACUUUCCAUAUGCAAAGGAGCAGAGAUUGGACUCUCUAUGGCAAUUAAUCUAAAACAAAUCUCAGCCACUGUACUUAUCAAUGGGCCUAACUUUGUUAUUAGCAAUCCACAUGUAUAUCGUGGUGAGGUCUCCCAGCCCACACCCUACUCUAUAGAGUUGAUAUCCUCCAAUGCCUUGGGAUUUGUAGCAUUUCAUAGAGUUUAUGAGCAAACAGGAGAUGUGGACAGCCAAUAUUUUUUUCCUAUUGAAAAAGCUCAGGGACAUUUCCUCUUCAUUGUGGGAGAGGAAGAUAAGAAUAUCAAUAGUAAAUGCUAUGCUCAGCAAGCCAUAGAACAGCUGAGAAGAAAUGGGAAGGAGAACUGGACCCUGCUAUCUUACCCUGGCGCAGGCCACCUGAUAGAGCCUCCCUAUUCCCCACUGUGCUAUGCUUCAAGGAUCCCCUAUGUGCACCCAAACAUCCUCUGGGGAGGAGAUGUUAUCCCACAUGCAGCUGCACAAGAGCAUUCUUGGAAGGAGAUCCAGAAAUUUCUCAGGGAGCAUCUUAUUUCAACAAGGACCAGUCAGCUCUGAGAGGACUUGAUGGUAUCACAGAGAAAUAGAGAAGUAAAUCUUACAAGCACCUCCCAAUUUUCAUAGAGGAAUGUUUGUAAUCUCUUGUUUUAAGACUAAAGUUAUCUUUUCUUUAAUUUUGUUGGUAUUUUUUGAGGUAGGGUCUCACUCUAGCCAAGGAUGACCUGGAACUCAUUCUAACAGGACCCGCAUAAGCCAUAUA